AAUAAUGAGGAAUUUUAUCAUACUUGUGAAUAUUCUGGCAUUAAUUCUGCCCUUUUUGGCUGCCAAGGGGCAAAACCCAGAUCCCGCAUGCCACAAGAAGGAUGAAAUAUUGUAUGAUCAGAAAAGAGUCCUGCCUACACCAGUUGGCUAUGUGCUGAACAGCAAUUUUCAUUAUGAACCUAAUUAUUACCACCAUACACCAUCUGUAGCUAUCACUCCAUAUGUACAUUACCUAUUUAUUAUAAAACUACUUCUGCUUAGAUCACCACCCCAAAUCUCCCAAUGGCAACUAAGGCCAAAUUUCCCCCAGCCUACUGAGGUACCUCAGGCAAUUCCAAGUCCAUCCUUCCUUGCCAUUCCAAAAAAUGAAAAUAAAGACAGCACUGCCACCCCAACCAUCAAUACAGAUGCUCCUGCUGAGUCUACAACAGUUCUUAUCACUGAACAAGUGACAACUGCUGUGGCCAAUCCAGAAGCUUCCACUGUGUCCAUCAAUAAUCCAGAAGCUUCCACUGUGUCCAUCAAUAAUCCAGAAGCUUCCACGGUGUUCAUCAAUAAUCCAGAAGUUCCCACGGUGUUCAUCAAUAAUCUAGAAGCUUCCACAGUACCCAUCAAUGAUCCAGGUGCUUCCACGGUGUCCAGCAAUAAUCCAGAAACUUCCAUGGUGUCCAUCAAUAACUCUGAGACUGCCGCAGUUCCAAUAUCUUCACAUGCAACAUAG